AUGGGGAAAGAAAUAAAAGAUAGAAAAGAUGUGACAUGGUACUUGAAAAUCUCACAGUUGGCACUGGCUUUAGCUAUUAUCCACGCAAAACCACCAGAUAAAAGUAGUAAAGAAUAUACAGAGCACCUGGCCAAGGUUGUAUCUGGACCGGAUUCCAAGUGGAAGUCAAAAGCUGAGGCAUUGGAAGCUGAAGUUCUUCAUUUAAGGCAGCAGCUGUAUUUGAGCAAACUUUCCUCAGGAUUUUGUUUGGAAAAUUGGAAUUCAGCUGUCAUAGGGGAGACUGUGUUAUCUACCAAUACAGAAGACUGUUCAGACCAUUUUGAAGAUUCUGGAUGUGAUGUUUCAAGUAACUGUAUUGCUGAUCCUCUAGAGAAUUUGUUUACGUCCACCUCAAGUGAAUGUGGUAGCAACAGUUCUAUAUCUGUUAUCCCAUCAAGUGUGCAUCCAAUAUUGACUCCUUGCCAUGCCUUCAAGACAGAUUAUUUGGUUGCUCACAUGCAGUUCCUACAACGUAUCCUUGAACUAAAAAAACUGGCAGAAUCUGGAGGCCUGAGAACAGAUUUGAAAAAACUUGGAAUUGAUUCCUCCAGAGUAUCAGAUUCUCUCUCUCAAUUAGUUGAUGGCUUGGUUACUUCAUAUAGCCUUCCCGAACUCCCUUUUUCAAUUUUUCCGAAGCAGACAGUUCUUGUCAUCACCAAGUUAUUAAGUGAUGCUGACUUAUCUCAACAGAUUGUGGGAAAGUGUUUCAGAAAGCUGGAAGAAUCUGUAAAAAGACUUGUUGCCAUUGUUUUGAAUAACGGUGAUCUCAAUCGAUUUCAGGUGCAAGAUUCCAUAUCCCAUGCUCUUGUGUUGUUGGGUAAAUGCAGCACAUUAAGGAACUCCACAAUAUCCUUGCUUUUCAGAGAAGUCAGUCGAUUUGCACAUGAGUUGCAGCAUACCAAUGAGGUUCAAGCCAAGUAUGCUAUUCAGUAUGAAAAUAUUUUCUUUCUGUGUAGAAUUUUGGAACAGCUUCUUGAAAGAGGGACCGGGCAAGAAAAUGCUGCUAGUUCCAUCUGUGAUGAAGAAGAGAAAAAGAAGUUUCUGCAGAACCUUGAUCAAGCUAUUUUUCAUCUCUCUGAUGAGUUCCCCUUGUUUUGUAUUUAUUUAUGGCGAAUAGGUACUCUGUUGAAUGCAGCAGAAAUACAAACUGCUGGUGAGAGAAAUUGGCCUGCUCCAAAGUAAUAAAUUAUUUCUAAUAAAUUAGAGCAGAGGGAAAGAACCAAGACUGAGCAGUGUUCACAUUUAAAGGAAGUAUGUAAUCACAAUGAGCGUGAAAUACUAUCACAACAGUGAUUAUGCCAUUUCCUUUUCUGGUAUCAAAAAUUGCUUUAGAAGGUGUAAGCAGUUUCAUGGUUUCAGUUGUCAGGAGUAUGUUUGAAUAACAGAACCCUGAG